AUGGCCGGGAAGUCGUUCCCACAAAAAGCCCUGUCCUUCUUGUUUAAACUUCUGAGAAGGCCGCAGGACCCGCCCUCUCCCCAUUGGAGGACUAGCAAUGGCCAUGCAAGCCAAACAAGAUAUCAGAAAUACACCUCUCUUCUCCACAGAGCAGAGGAUCUUUCAAGCCAUACAGUGAUUUUCCACUCGGAGGAUGCGCUGCUGAAAUCAUCUUCCUUGUUUCCUUACUUCAUGCUGGUGGCCUUUGAAGCCGGAGGGCUCUUGAGGUCUCUCGUUUUCUUUCUUCUGUACCCUUUGGCUUGUUUGUUUGGCGACGAGCUGGGGUUGAAGAUUAAGGUUUUCUUAUGCUUCUUCGGGAUAAAAGAGGAGUGUUUUAGACUCGGAAGCUCUGUUUUGCCCAAGUUCUUCUCCCAGGAUGUCGGGCGUGAAGGCUUUGAAGUGGUGAUGAGUUUUGGGAGAAAGGUGGCGGUGAGUGACUUGCCCACAGUCAUGGUUGCAGGGUUUUUGCAUGACUAUUUAGGUGUUGACGCUGUUGUGGGAAGAGAAUUAAAGGUGGUUUGUGGGUAUUUUGUUGGGUUCAUGGAGGAAAAGAAGGUAGACGGAUCUGCUGUAAACGAGACGAUUCUUGGCGACGAGAAAACUUGUUCAAGUACCGUCAUUGGCAUUGGUUGCUACAGAUCGGCUCUUCAUAAGCAUCCCUUUGCCCAUUGCAAGGAGAUUUACUUGGUGAGCAAAGCCGAGAAGAGGAACUGGCAUAUCCUUCCAAGGGAGAAACUUCCGAAGCCGUUGAUCUUCCACGACGGCAGAUUGGCGUUCAGGCCAACCCAACUGGCCACCCUAGUCAUGUUCAUGUGGCUUCCGCUUGGGAUUUUCAUUUUCAUCAUCAGAUUCAUCGCCGGCCAGCUUCUCCCUCUCUGUAUGUGCAGUCCAAUAAUGGCCUUCACCGGAGCAAUAACCAUUGUUUCGAGACCACCCAAGUCCUCUGUUCCUUCCACCAAGAACGAAAAGAGACCGACUGCCGGCACACUUUAUGUCUGCAACCACAGAACCCUGCUCGAUCCACUCUACGUCGGCGCAGCCACCGGUAAUCCAUCACUCUCUGCAGUCACAUACAGCAUAAGCAAAAUCUAUGAGGUGGUUUCUCCGAUCAGGACCAUCCAUUUGACAAGAGACAGGGAAAAAGAUAGGAUUGCAAUGCAGAAGUUGUUGAGCCAAGGCGACCUUGUGGUCUGCCCUGAAGGAACCACUUGUAGGGAACCUUAUUUACUGAGGUUCAGUCCUCUAUUUGCGGAGCUGACAGAUGACAUAACUCCUGUGGCCAUAGAUGUGGAGGUAAGCAUGUUUUACGGGACGACAGCUAGUGGGCUCAAAUGCUUAGACCCUGUGUUUUAUCUCUUGAAUCCAUUCCCUUCGUAUACUGUCAAAAUUCUUGAGAAGCUGCCGAGCUCGCGCACUUGGAAGGUUGGUGGGGUGUCCAAGUAUGAAGUGGCUAAUCAUGUUCAGUGUGAGAUUGCCAAAGCUUUGGGAUUCCAGUGCACCAGUCUUACAAGAAAGGACAAGUACAUGAUCUUAGCAGGUAAUGAGGGACUAGUUUAGGGUUGUGGUUGUUCUUUUUUCUUUUUUUCUUUUUUCUUUUUUUUUUACCCUUUUUCUUUUUCCUGGUAUUGUAUAAUAUUGCAUGAAAUAAAUUUAUUUUGUGCAAGAGGCCGUGCUCUUUUUUAUUUUUUAUUUUAUUUUAAGAAGCAAAAGAACUGGUCUCACCAAAAAUAACUUUUAAGUUAUUCGUGAGUCAAUUUGAUGAAA